AUGAUUUGGGCUUCAAUAUCGCGAAUGCCUGGUGCUCCUGGAUACCGCCAUCCUCAUGCGAAAUGGGAUCUCAAUGAAUUACAGACUUAUUCGCGCAUGGUGAAAUGGCACUCGCUAGAGGAGAUCGACCAGGUGCCGGAAGAGGACCGCGUUUAUCCCAAAUGUCACGGCUACCAUAAACGAACUGUGUGCGUCUAUGGCACGGGUGACGUCGGAUGGUUGCUCCAACAAAAGCACUUCUUCGCCAACAAAUUCGACCCCAAUUACGACGACUUCGCGCUGCAGUGCCUUGAAAAAGUCCUCCGAGAUCGCGAAGUUAUCGACGCCUGUUCCAAUUCUUAG